AUGAACGGCGGAUUGAAAAUUCGAAAAGAUGGGAAGGGAGGGCAGAGACGGCUCGACCAAGCUGUUCGAUCGGGUCGACUGGGCGAGAUCCAAGAGCGGCGACGCAAGCGCUGGGUUGCGACAAAGCAAUGCCGAGCUUUGGCCGAAGGCCAGAUGGAUCGUCUCUGUUGGUCUUCUACUCUACGCUUUCGCAAUACCACAGGUUCAAGGGUGACGAGACCUGAACGACUGCGGCUUGGAGUGUGCGGGCGAAAGAGGGCGGAUGAGCCUGCUCUGAAGAAGGGAGGAGCGUCCCAACGAGAACAGAGACUCAACCACUGGAAGAUGACCCAAGCGAAGAGAUAG